GUAACCCAUGUGUACACGAACUGAGUGCUGGGGUUUCGCUCCUACUUUCCUCCGGAAACCGGAAAACUCUGUUCAGACGCAGUUUCCUGGCUGCGGGCCUGGGAGAAUCAGCAGUCAGCAGCACAGCAGUGGGAACCAGAGCCUGGGGACCCUGGAACCUCCCAGUCUAUACUGCUGAGACAGAAACUUGGAAAACAGCAAGAAGAAUGAAUUCUUCUCUGGUAAAUACUCCCCAGUGUCUGUUAACAUUCAAGGACGUGGCUGUGGAUUUCUCACAGGACGAAUGGGAAUACCUUGACUGUGCUCAGAGGGCAUUGUAUGUGGAUGUGAUGUUGGAGAAUUACAAAAAUCUAUUUUUUGUGGAGAGUCAUCACUUAUCUCAUAAAUAUGAGAACAUCUUGGAUGAAGAUACGCAAUGUAUUGUCCAUAAGCAUGUGAAUAUUCAGUCUUAUAAAUGUCACGAACUUGGAAACCCCAUUCCUGAAUCCAUCCAAAGUAUAUCUCAUAAAACCAGUCACAGAGAUAUAUCUCUUGAAUCAUCGUAUAUAAACAGACCUGAUUCUGUAAACACCAAGGAACCUUGUAGAUGUAAAAAUUGUGUAAACUGUUUAAAUUUGUGCUCUAUCAUUAGUCUUUACCAAGGAAUCCACAUAGGACAAAAAGAACACAACACAGAGUUUGAUAAAGUUUUUGACACUAAACAUGAACUCAAGCUUAAACAAACCAAUAGUGGAAAUAAACCUUACAAAUGCAGUAAAUGUGACAAAUGCUUCACCCGCAAAGGAGAUCUUUGGAGUCAUCAGAGAAUUCAUACAGGAGAGAAACCUUACAAAUGUAGUAAAUGUGACAAAUGCUUUAUCCGCAAAGGAGAUGUUAUUAUUCAUGAGAGAAUUCAUACAGGAGAGAAACCUUACAAAUGUAGUGAAUGUAGUAAAUGCUUUACCCACAAAGGUGGUCUUAGAAGUCAUCAAAGAAUUCAUACAGGAGGGAAACCUUACAAAUGUUGUGAAUGUAUCAAAUCUUUUAACCGGAAACGUAAUCUUAGAAUUCAUCAGAGAAUUCAUACAGGAGAGAAACCUUACAAAUGUACUGAAUGUGCCAAAUGCUUUACACGCAAAGGAGAUCUUAUUAUUCAUCAUAGAAUUCAUACAGGAGAGAAACCUUACAAAUGUAAUGAAUGUGAAAAAUGUUUUACUGUCAAAAGUGACCUUGGAAUUCAUCAGCGAAUUCAUACAGGGGGGAAACCUUACAAAUGUAAUGAAUGUAUCAAAUCUUUUACACAGAAAGGCAACCUUAGAAGACAUCAGAGAAUUCAUACAGGAGAGAAACCUUACAAAUGUAUUGAAUGUGACAAAUGUUUCACCCAGAAAGACAUUCUUAGAAGACAUCAGAGAAUUCAUACAGGAGAGAAACCUUACAAAUGUAGCGAAUGUGACAAAUGCUUCACCCAGAAAGGCGAUCUUAGAAGACAUCAGAGAAUUCAUACAGGAGAGAAACCUUUUAAGUGUAGUGAAUGUGAUAAAUGCUUUACCCUAAAAAGUGAACUGCGAAUUCAUCAGCGAAUUCAUAUAGGAGGUAAAUUAUACAACUGUAGUGAAUGUGACAAAUGCUUUACCCAAAAAUGCAGUCUUAGUAUUCAUCAGAGGACACAUGCAGCAGAGAAACUGUAUAAAUAUGAUGAAUGUGAUAAAUUCUUCACCGAGAAAUGUAAUAUUAGCACUCAUCAGAGAAUGCAUGCAGUAGAGAAACAUAACAAGUGAGGUGAAUGAGACAAAUCCUUGUGAAAAAGGAUCAUUUUAGACCUCUUCAGAGAGUACAUACAGGAGAAGACCUUACAAAUGUAGUAAAUGUGCAAAUCCUUCACUGUUGACUUAUCUCUUAGAUACAUCAGAGAACACAUAGAGGAGAGAAAGCAUACAGAUAGAAUGCAUGAUGCUCUUUUCCAGAAUAUCAGGUCUAAGAAAAUAUCUUAUAAUUCAUGGUGGGAAAAAGUUUCCACUAGGAAAAGUGUGGCAUGUGCUUCAUGCAAGCAGUGUUUUUGUGUUACUUCAGGCUCUCCACUAGAGAAUUGUUGUGAACAUGAGAGACUCAUGGAAAAUUUAAUGUAAAUGUUCAACUCUCAGAAACUAUCAAGCAUUUACCCUAAGAGUACCUCUGAAAUUGUGACAAUAAAAGAAAAUUUUCUUUAAAACUUUUAGUUGUUCACCCUUCAAAUAGUUCAUAAUGAAAACCUAGUGGGGAAGCCAGAAAAAUGUGAUGAUAUUCUGUAACAAUUCCUUGGAGACUGAAAUAUCCAUUGUAAAGGGAAUUACCUACUGAGUAAGAUUAGCAAUACUCUUCUCAAACUAAUGACACCUAUAGCAUUCUGUAUGUCUAAUCCAAAUGAAAAAAACUCAAAUUAUACUUUGUAUAAGAGGAUAUGGCAAACUAAGCCACCAAGAUAGGAUGUUCUUUAUCUGUAGAUGUGCCUACAGAUAUGCAGUUUCCUCCAAAUGUCCAGUAUUCAUAAUCUGUAUUAUAUGCUAGUUUCAAGUUUUAGAAUAGAAACUAUGUUUGAAUUCUUUGGCUUUGACCACUAACUCCUUGUCUAUACUCCUGUGUGUACCUCCAAUAAAUCUCACUGAUUCAACAAG